GUUGUGGUUUUGGCGGGACAUUUGAAUCUUUAAUGUUUGAAGAGUAGCAUUAAACAUUAUCUUUAGGAGUUGAUUGAAAAAUUUGUUUAGAAUUAUGUUGUGCUUUCGUAAAAGACUGUUAUCUUUGUAUAUAAAUAAUGCCAAAGAAAUAACGAAUAUAAGAAAUUAUUGUAAAAACAAAGAGGGCAAAAGUUCACCUCUUAAAGAUUUAUUAAAUGAUUCAGCUUCAUUUCAAGACUUAAAUGUAGGCAACAUUGAACAACAAUGGGCUACACUUCCUUAUUUAGAAGGAACUGCAAUAAGAAAGCAAGGAGAGAGCUUCAAAAAAGAAAAACAUGAUGCUAGAGAAACAUCUAUUAUAUUAUUUCCUGGUCAAGGAAGCCAGUAUGUGGGAAUGACAAAAGAUUUGAUGAAAUUUCCCAUAGUUCAAGAUCUGUUCGAGCUUGCAAGUUAUAUUCUCAAAUAUGAUCUGAAGAAGUUGUGUUUAGAAGGCCCAAAAGAAAAAUUAGAUCAAACAAAAUAUGCCCAACCUGCAAUCAUGGUUGCUUCUUUAGCAGCUAUCGAGAGGUUGAAAGAGGAGAGGCCGAAUGCUAUAGAUAAAUGUGUUGCUACUGCUGGAUUCAGCUUGGGAGAGAUUACAGCAUUAGUUUUUGCAGGAGCUCUUGAAUUUGAAAAAGCUUUACGAUUAGUUCAAAUACGAGGUGAAGCUAUGCAAAUGGCCUGUGAAACAUAUGAGGGAGGCAUGGCUUCAGUAUUUCUAGCCCCUGAUAGCAAACUCAGUUAUUGCCUUAAGAAAGCAAGGCAAUGGGCUGUAGAUAGAGGAGAUCCUCUUCCUGAAUGUAAAAUAGCAAACUACUUAAAUCCAGGGUGUAAAGUCAUAGCAGGCAGUAUUUCAGCAUUAGACUAUGUAGAAAAAAACUACAAAGAAUUCAAUCUGAAGAAAGUGAAACGGUUGCCUGUUUCUGGUGCCUUUCACACCCAACUGAUGCGUCCUGCAGUCCAACCUUUCAAAGAAGCCCUGGACUCGUUGAAAAUAUCACAACCUAUUGUGACGGUUUAUUCUAAUGUAGAUGGUAAAAGAUACAAUUCUGCAGAGCAUAUCAAAAAACAACUACCACAUCAAAUUGUUAAACCAGUGAAAUGGGAGCAAUUGUUACAUGUAGUUUAUGAAAGGAGAGCAGAUGACUACUUCCCACAAUCCUUUGAAUGCGGACCUGGACAAUCAUUGAAAGCUAUGUUGCAGAAAGUAAAUGCUAAAGCUUGGAGCCACUGUUUUUGUAUAGAAGCUUGAUUGUGUUUUUUUUAGAGUAAAUAAAUAAUAUUUAAAAAAUAAUUAUAAAAA